CCAUGAGGAGUACGCACCUUGCACCGGUCGCACGCCUGGCCCGUACGCGACGAGCUGGCUAGCUUCUUCUUGACCGAGCCUGAGAAAUCACUGUUCGGCAGGCGCUGCUGCUGCGGCGUCGUCAAUGGGCUCACCGCAACGCCAGGCUCGAGUUUGGGAAUCUUGGUGGCCUGGGGAAGGUCGCCUUCCGAAGGCCUCUUGGGUGCCAUCAUGCGUCCUGACGUGGAAAGGGAAUCGCCGUGGAAGAAGCCGCUGCAGAUUCCCGCUCUCGGGCUGGGCGGUCGCUCAAGGAUGUGUCAGCUCGAGCUCAUGGCAGGUACCGGGCACACGAGACAGCGCCGCGAGGGCGCCAGCUGUGCGAUGUUCGGGGUCCUUUGCGAUGCGUGUCUGAACUGUGGAAGAUGUUGGAGACGGAGGGGACUCGUCACGGGGCGAUUCAGCUGUCACUGCCAUGCCAAUAUUUCUACCCAGCCGAACCUUGGAAGAGGCUGCACCCAAACCACAUCCGUCCAUGACGUCUCUGCUGCCCAGGGUACGGCCGACACAUCUGAAUCCCGACGCUACCAGAGAGCCCGCAUACACGGUCGAGAUCGCUCACAGUCAGCGUCUCCCAUUUGGACCUCGCCGCGAACUGCUGGACCGAGCGCCGCGCCAAGCCCGCUAUUGCCCAAAACGGCGACCUUGAUGAAAGGACCUUGCCCAGAGUCUCUACAACAAUCCCCACGUAUUCGGCGAAAGGUCUUCAUCCUUAUUGGAAUCCCUCUAGAACUUUGAGUUCUCCCCGAGCUGCUGAAAGGAAAAGAAAGACGCCGGCCCGACGGCACAAUUUCCGAGCCUAGCCAUGGCCAAAGUGCGGACCUUUCGCCUUCCGCACUACGAU